AGAAAUAAGCAUGCCGAACCUGUCGGGCGCUGAGACCCUGCAGAGCAGCAGCCAGCAGGCGGCUCUCAGUAUGCUAGCAGAUUCUGUUGUCACCACAAGGAUUCAUGAGCCACACUUUCGACUUUUAACACUUUAAUUGAGACUUAGUCAUGUCUCAGGUUGAGAAGAAGGCAGGGCUGCUGAGGAGAACGUCAUCCUCUAAAAAACCCUUGAAAGAGAAGGUGGUUCUGAUGUAUGAUGAGAUUUUUGCAAAAGAAGACCCAGCCAAAAACAACCCUCGCUUCUGGGAUGAACUGUUUCUUAUGAAGGUAAACCUCGAGUACUUGGAGUCAAAGUUGGAGAGUGUAGAUGGGGAGGAGGUCCAGCGCAUCCAAGACAACAUCAACUCUUUGUUCCAUCACUGCGUUCAGGCUCUGGGAGAGGAGCACCAGAUCAAAGUGGUCAAUGCAUUGCAGACCCUCUGUGCACUUUUCCGAGGGGUUCACCAGAAGAACAAGUCAGCGUCUGGCUUCGACAUCAUCAACAUGCUCAUGGGGUUUGACAAGGCUGAGCAAAGGAUGAAGGAUCUGAUGGAGAGACUGGACGGCCUUCUUUGUGGAGACAGCUCAGAGAGUCUUAAGAGUCUUUGCCUCAAACUGUUGCUAUGUUUGGUUACGGUCACAGACAAUAUUAGCCAAAACACUAUACUGGAAUAUGUGAUGAUCAACAGCAUCUUUGAAGCUAUUCUGCAGAUUCUGUCAGAUGUAUCCAGCAGAGGGCAGCAUGGUUAUGAUGCUGUGGUGCUUCUGGCCCUUCUAGUCAACUAUAGAAAAUAUGAGUCUGUGAAUCCAUACAUUGUGAAACUCUCCAUUGUGGAUGAUGAGCCAACACUCGAUGGAAUGGGUAUGGUUGUCCACCAAGCUCUGACAGAAUAUAACAGGCAAUACAAAGACAAAGAGGAGGAGAACCAGGGUGGAUUCUUUUCUACCCUCACUAGUAUGGUUGGAAGCAUGUUUAUUGCAGAUGUUGAUGAGAAGCUCUCUGUGCAGACAAAUGAGGCGAUUCUGCUGGCACUGUACGAGGCUGUGCACCUUAACCGCAACUUCAUCACUGUAUUAGCACAAAGCCACCCUGAGAUCGACAUCCCAGUCACACCCACCACCCCCACUCCAACCACACCUACAACACCACUUGGCACAACGCCACCCUCCCUCGACAUGAUGAACAACCCAGAACUUCCCCUGGAUCCCAACCUGCAGACCAGCAACCUUCUCAUCACCUUCCUCAAGUAUGCCUCCAUUGUAAUGCAGGAUACUAAAGAUGAGCACCGACUCAACAGUGCCAGACUGUGCCUGAUUAUUCUCACCUGCAUAGCCGAGGACCAGUAUGCUGAUGCCUUUCUUCAUGAUGACAAUAUGAACUUCAGAGUCAAUCUCCACAGAAUGCCUAUGAGGCACAGGAAAAAAGCAGUGGACAAGAACAUCCCUUCACGGCCGCUUGUGUGUGCUGUUCUAGAUCUGAUGGUGGAGUUUAUUGUCACUCAUAUGAUGAAGGAUUUCCCCAUGGAUUUAUACUUGCGUUGCGUACAGAUCAUCCACAAACUUCUCUGUUACCAGAAGAAAUGCAGAAUCAGAUUACACUACACCUGGAGAGAGCUUUGGUCAGCUCUCAUCAACCUGCUGAAGUUCCUGCUGUCAAAUGAGACCACACUGCUGGCCAAGCACAACAUCUUUCACCUGGCCUUACUGGUAGUGAACCUGUUCAACAUGUUCAUAACAUACGGCGACACGUUCCUGCCCACAUCCAACAGUUACGAUGAAUUGUACUAUGAAAUCGUACGAAUGCACCAGGUCUUCGACAACCUCUACUGCAUGGUUUUGAGAGUCUCAACCAACACAGGCCAGUGGAAGGAGGCAGCCAGUAAAGUCACACAUGCCCUUGUCAAUGUUCGGGCCAUUAUCAACCACUUCAACCCCAAGAUUGAGUCGUACGCUGCUGUGAACCACAUCUCCCAGCUGUCAGAAGAGCAGGUGUUGGAGGUGGUACGGUCCAACUAUGACACACUGACCCUCAAACUUCAGGAUGGACUGGACCAGUUUGAAAGAUACUCGGAACAACCCAAAGAGGCUGCUUUCUUCAAGGAGCUGGUUCGCUCCAUCAGUCUGAAUGUGAGGAAGAAUGUCUCUCUGAACACGCUGAGUCAGGACGUCCUGCUCAAAGAGUUCUCCACCAUCUCCUGAGACGUACCCACACCAGCCUCCGCCUCCCUUCAGAUGGACAUACACAGUUCAUUUUGUGCAUGUGGACAUGUACUCAUACUUUCAAACACCAACCAGUACAAUCCGCGAUUGUUCUUGCCACAAAUCAUCUUGAUCCCUUCAUUCCCUCCACUCUUCAUGUCUCCUGUGAACUGAACGAUGGAAGGUUCUCCCACAGAGACGCACUGAAAGGCUGGAUGCACAUGAAGGAAAAAUACCUUAAACCUCUCCAGACUUUGAUCCUUUGAGGUCGUUGGUGUGUGUGAUAAUUUAAGAAAGUGCCCAUAUUGCACCUAUUCCUCGUGUGCAAUCAGCAGUAUUGGCUGGACUGUUAACUGACACAUGAAAGUUUUGAUUCAAGGUGAACCAUUUCACCCUCCUGGUGUCCAACUAAUCACAGUAUAUGGUUUUUCUCUCUACUAAUGAUUGCAGAAGAUUUAGGCUUCUCCUUCCUAACAACAAUGGUAUCAGUGACGCUGAGCAUCUCUGAGUUUGGUGAACCUCUUGAAUUACAGCAUUAACUCUUUCUUUGCGGCUGAGUGCUUGUCGCGUGAAUGUUAAAUUACUUCUCUACAUGUUCAAAACAAAUCUAAAAGUAUUUUGUAUUUCCAUGUUUGCUAAGGGGUAGAGCAGUUUAAGUAAUCAAGUCAAGGAAGCUUUGAAGUGAUGAAAACCUUUUUAUUGUUGUUUUUGGAGAGCCAGUACUAACAGCCACUACUGUACGUCGCACAAAUCCUUUCUCUGUCAUUUUAACAAACUAAUCUGAAUGUACUGAAGUGAGCUGAUAGUUUUAGAAGGAAAACUGUGUGGUGGUUAAACGUUGAGUCAUGUAAAAGUCAUCAUUGCUGGUGUGUCUUUGGCACAUGUAAAGUCAGUUUAGUGAAAAAACAAUCCAUGCAUACAACCUUUUGAACUCAUCAUUGCUUUUUCUCAUUCAGAACAUUUGAACUGGUUAUUUUUUGGACUGAAAGCAAAUCUGAAUUAUGCAAUUUCUUGAAGUGAAGUGAGUCUUCUUUCAUUCAUCUUUAACUCCUGUAGGUAUAUUUAUGUUUCUUUUUUAAAUAAAGCUUGGUUUCCUACUCUUA